AUGGCAGAGGUAUCCAAACCAGUCUAUACAACAUCCUACAAGCCCCAUCCUAGUGAGAGGAUGAAGGCGGCCACUUGGACGGGCACAAAGUCCAUCGAGCUGAGCGAUGUGCCCAAACCUACCAUCACCGCGCCCGCCGAUGCGAUCGUGCACAUCACCCACUGCACCAUAUGCGGUUCAGACCUGCACAUGUAUGACGGCGAUCUGAACAAGGUUAUGGAGAAGGGGUUGAUCAUGGGCCACGAGGCCAUCGGCAUCGUCGAAGAAGUCGGGCCUCAGGUCAAAACCCUGAGUGUAGGAGACCGAGUGAUUAUCCUACCCGUCAUCGCAUGCGGGGACUGCUUCUACUGCAAGCGAAAGGAAUUCUCACUCUGUGACCGAACCAACCCCUCCAAGGAGUUGGAGCAAAUGUACGGACAUCGCUUGUCGGGCAUUUUCGGUUAUUCCUUGAUCACGGGGGGAUACCCUGGAGACCAGGCUGAGUACUGCCGCGUGCCCAACGCUGACCUCACCUGUGUCAAGGCUCCCAAGGACAUAGAGGCCAGUAAGCUGGUUGGCCUUGCCGACGUGACCCCUACGGCCUGGCAUGGCUGCGAGCUGGCCGAGGUAGGCAAAGGAGAUGUCGUCGGCGUCUGGGGCUGCGGCGCCGUUGGCCUCUCGAUCCAGCGUCUGGCGAAGCUGCGUGGAGCCAGCAAGGUAUAUGCAAUCGACAAAGACGAGCACCGCCUCGAGAUUGCCAAGUCUCUUGGUAUGAUUCCCGUCAAUGUCAAGCAGCACCCUGAUCCUGCCGACUACAUCUUGUCCAUUGAACCGCACGGGCUGGACCGUGGCAUCGAGGCAAGUGGUUUUAGGAGCACCAACUCAGCGACUCAUGCCACUAUGAGAGCACUGGGAGUCGAAGGGGACAGCUCUGACACGGUGAGCGCGGCCAUCAAAGCAACACGUAAGGGAGGCAAUGUCGCGUUGAUCGGCGACUUUUUCUACACAACCAACAACUUCCCAAUUGGCAUGCUGAUGGAAAAGGGCAUCACCCUGCGCGGAGGACAGCUUUACGCCCAGAAGUACUUUCCGCUUCUUCUGGACCUAGUUGUCCAAGGAAAAUACGAUCCAUCUUUUAUGUUUACGCAUCAUGACAAUUUCGAGAACGUCUCGCAGAACUAUGAUGCCUUCUUCAAUCACAAACUGCCUGGAGGAUUAAAGGUAUGCCUUGUAACUGCGUUUGGACGGGCACAGGGGCGGGAUUCAGUUUGA